CCCAGCCCCAUUUAACUUCGCUGCGGCGCCGCGGGCUGGAGGCCGGCGUCGGGGAAGGUCCUGGUCGCGGAUUCCACACGAGGUGUUGACGGGCGGCUUCUGCCAGCCUCUCCCCAGCGCUCGCCCAGCCCGCGCGGCCCCAGGGCUGCACGUCCCAGAUACUUCUGCGGCGCAAGGCUACAACUGAGACCCGCAGGAGACCAGACCCGAUGGCUUCCUGGAUGAGCCCCUGGUGGCUGCUGAUAGGGAUGGUCUUCAUGCACUGUACCCUCCUGCAGACCACAGCUGAGAAAUCUCCCGGAGCCUAUUUCCUUCCUGAGUUUGCACUUUCUCCUCAGGGAAGUUUUCUGGAAGAUACAACAGGGGAGCAGUUCCUCACUUACCGCUAUGACGACCAGACCUCAAGAAACACUCAUUCAGAUGAAGACAAAGAUGGCAACUGGGAUGCUUGGGGCGACUGGAGUGACUGCUCCCGGACCUGCGGGGGAGGAGCGUCGUAUUCUCUGCGGAGAUGUUUGACUGGAAGGAAUUGUGAAGGGCAGAACAUUCGAUACAAGACAUGCAGCAAUCAUGACUGCCCUCCAGAUGCAGAAGAUUUCAGAGCCCAGCAGUGCUCAGCCUACAGUGACGUCCAGUAUCAGGGACAGUAUUAUGAAUGGCUUCCACGAUAUAACGAUCCUGCUGCCCCCUGCGCACUCAAGUGUCAUGCCCGAGGACACGAUUUGGUGGUGGAGCUGGCACCUAAGGUACUGGAUGGGACUCGUUGCAACACGGAUUCCUUGGACAUGUGUAUCAGUGGCAUCUGUCAGGCAGUGGGCUGCGAUCGGCAACUGGGAAGCAGUGCCAAGGAGGACAACUGUGGAGUCUGUGCUGGCGAUGGCUCCACCUGCAGGCUGGUACGGGGACAAUCGAAGUCACAGGUUUCUCCUGAAAAAAGAGAAGAAAAUGUAAUCGCUGUUCCUUUGGGAAGUCGAAGUGUGAGAAUUACAGUGAAAGGGCCUGCCCACCUCUUCAUUGAAUCAAAAACACUUCAAGGAAGCAAAGGAGAACACAGCUUUGACAGCCCCGGAGUCUUUGUCAUAGAAAACACAACAGUGGAAUUUCAGAAAGGUUCCGAGAGGCAAACCUUUAAGAUUCCGGGACCUCUGAUGGCUGACUUCAUCUUCAAGACCAGGUACACUGCGGCCAAAGACACCAUGGUUCAGUUCUUCUUUUACCAGCCCAUCAGUCAUCAGUGGAGACAGACUGACUUCUUUCCCUGCACUGUGACGUGUGGAGGAGGUUAUCAGCUCAAUUCUGCUGAAUGUGUGGAUAUCCGCUUGAAGAGGAUCGUUCCUGACCAUUAUUGCCACUACUACCCCGAAAAUGUAAAGCCCAAACCAAAACUGAAGGAAUGCAGCAUGGAUCCUUGCCCAUCAAGUGAUGGAUUUAAAGAGAUAAUGCCCUAUGAUCACUUCCAACCUCUUCCUCGCUGGGAACAUAAUCCUUGGACUUCAUGUUCCGUUUCCUGUGGAGGAGGGAUUCAGAGACGGAGCUUUGUGUGUGUAGAGGAAUCCAUGCAUGGAGAGAUAUUGCAGGUGGAAGAAUGGAAAUGCAUGUAUGCACCCAAACCCAAGGUUAUGCAAACUUGUAAUCUGUUUGAUUGCCCCAAGUGGAUUGCCAUGGAGUGGUCUCAGUGCACAGUGACUUGUGGCCGAGGGUUACGGUAUCGGGUUGUUCUGUGUAUUAACCACCAUGGACAGCACGUUGGGGGCUGCAAUCCACAACUGAAGUUACACAUCAAAGAAGAAUGUGUCAUUCCCAUCCCAUGUUAUAAACCAAAAGAAAAAAGUCCAGUGGAAGCAAAAUUGCCUUGGCUGAAACAAGCGCAAGAACUAGAAGAGACCAGAAGAGCAACAGAAGAACCAACGUUCAUUCCAGAACCCUGGUCAGCCUGCAGUACCACGUGUGGGCCGGGUGUUCAGGUCCGAGAGGUGAAGUGUCGUGUGCUCCUCACGUUCACGCAGACCGAGACUGAGCUGCCCGAGGAAGAGUGUGAAGGCCCCAAGCUGCCCACGGAACGGCCCUGCCUCCUGGAAGCAUGUGACGAGAGCCCGGCCUCCCAGGAGCUGGACAUCCCUCUCCCUGAGGACAGUGAGACGACUUACGACUGGGAGUACGCUGGGUUCACCCCUUGCACAGCAACGUGUUUGGGAGGUCAUCAAGAAGCCAUAGCAGUGUGCUUACACAGCCAGACCCAGCAGACGGUCAAUGACAGCUUGUGUGAUAGGAUCCAUCGUCCUCCAGCCAUGAGCCAGGCCUGUAACACAGAGCCCUGUCCCCCCAGGUGGCACAUGGGCUCUUGGGGGCCCUGCUCAGCUACCUGUGGAGUUGGAAUUCAGACCCGAGAUGUAUACUGCCUGCACCCUGGAGAGACCCCUGCCCCUCCUGAGGAGUGCCGAGAUGAAAAGCCCCAUGCUUUACAAGCAUGCAAUCAGUUUGAUUGCCCUCCUGGCUGGCACAUUGAAGAAUGGCAGCAGUGUUCCAGGACUUGUGGCGGGGGAACUCAGAAUAGGAGAGUCACCUGUCGGCAGCUGCUAACGGAUGGCAGCUUUUUGAAUCUCUCAGAUGAAUUGUGCCAAGGACCCAAGGCAUCGUCUCACAAGUCCUGUGCCAGGACAGACUGUCCUCCACAUUUAGCUGUGGGAGACUGGUCGAAGUGUUCUGUCAGUUGUGGUGUUGGAAUCCAGAGAAGAAAGCAGGUGUGUCAAAGGCUGACAGCCAAAGGCCGGCGCGUCCCCCUGAGUGAGAUGAUGUGCAGGGAUCUACCAGGGCUCCCUCUUGUGAGAUCUUGCCAGAUGCCUGAGUGCAGUAAUAUCAAAUCAGAGAUGAAGACCAAACUUGGUGAGCAGGGUCCUCGGAUCCUCAGUGUCCAGAGAGUCUACAUUCAGACAAGGGAAGAGAAGCGUAUUAACCUGACCAUUGGUAGCAGAGCCUAUUUGCUGCCCAACACCUCCGUGAUUAUUAAGUGCCCAGUGCGAAGAUUCCAGAAAUCUCUGAUCCAGUGGGAGAAGGAUGGCCGUUGCCUGCAGAACUCCAAACGGCUUGGCAUCACCAAGUCAGGCUCAUUAAAAAUCCACAGUCUUGCCGCCCCCGACAUCGGCGUGUACCGGUGCAUUGCAGGCUCUGCACAGGAAACAGUUGUGCUCAAACUCAUUGGUACCGACAACCGGCUCAUCGCACGCCCAGCCCUCAGGGAGCCCACGAGGGAAUAUCCUGGGAUGGACCACGGUGAAGCCAAAAGUUUGGGAGUCACAUGGCAUCAAAUGAGACAAAUCUGGAAUAACAAAAAUGAGCUUUAUCCGGAUGAUGACCACACUAAUAACCAGCCUUUCUUGAGAGCUCUGUUAGGCCACUGCAGAAGUUUUGCAGGAAACAGCAACUCCUGGGAGUUGAAGAAUAAGCAGUUUGAAGCUGCAGUGAAACAAGGAGCAUACAGCAUGGAUACAGCCCAGUUUGAUGAGCUGAUAAGAAACAUGAGUCAGCUCAUGGAAACCGGAGAGGUCAGCGAUGAUCUUGCAUCCCAGCUGAUAUAUCAGCUGGUGGCCGAAUUAGCCAAGUCACAGCCGACACACACGCAGUGGCAGAGCAUCCAGGAAGAGACGCCUCCUGCUGCUCAGCUCAGAGGGGAAACAGGAAGUGUGUCCCAAAACUCGAAUGCAAAAAACUCAGGCAAGCUGACAUUCAAGCCAAAGGGACCUGUUCUCAUGAGGCAAAGCCAACCUCCCUCAAUUUCAUUUAAUAAAACAAUAAAUUCCAGGAUUGGAAAUACAGUAUACAUUACAAAAAGGACAGAGAUCAUCAAUAUACUGUGUGACCUUAUUACCCCCGGUGAGGCCACAUAUACAUGGACCAAGGACGGAACAUUGUUACAGCCCUCAGAAAAAAUAAUUUUGGAUGGAACUGGAAAGAUACAGAUACAGAAUCCUACAAGGAAAGAACAAGGCAUAUAUGGAUGUUCUGCAGCCAAUCACCUUGGUUCAGAUGUGGAAAGUUCUUCUGUGCUGUAUGCAGAGGCGCCUGUCAUCUUGUCUACUGAAAGAAAUAUCACCAAACCGGAGCACAGCCAUCUGUCUGUCACGGUUGGAGGCAUCGUGGAGGCAGCCCCUGGAGCAAACAUGACAAUCCGAUGUCCUGUAAAAGGUGUCCCUCAGCCUAAUGUAACUUGGUUGAAGACAGGAGGAUCUCUGAGUGACAAUGUUUCCUUGCUUUUCAAUGGAUCCCUAUUGUUGCAGAAUAUUUCCCUUGAAAAUGAAGGAACCUACAUCUGCACAGCCACCAAUGCGCUUGGAAAGGCAGUGGCAACAUCUGUACUCCACUUGCUGGAACGAAGAUGGCCAGAGAGUAAAAUCGUAUUUCCCCAAGGACAUAAAAAGUACAUUCUCCAGGCAACCAACACUAGAACCAACAGCAGUGACCCAACAGGAGAACCCCUGCCUCGAGAGCCUUUUUGGGAGGCUGGUAACUGGUCACAUUGUUCUGCCACCUGUGGUCAUUUGGGAGCCCGCAUUCAGAGACCCCAGUGUGUGAUGGCCAAUGGGCAGGAAGUGAGUGAGGCCCUGUGUGAUCACCUCCAGAAGCCACUGGCUGGGUUUCAGCCCUGUAACAUCAGGGACUGCCCAGCAAGGUGGUUCACAAGCGUGUGGUCACAGUGCUCUGUGUCUUGCGGUGAAGGACACCACAGUCGGCAGGUGACAUGCAAGCAGACAAAAGCCAAUGGAACUGUGCAGGUGGUGUCGCCAAGAGCAUGUGCCCCUAAAGACCGGCCUCUGGGAAGAAAACCGUGUUCUGGUCAUCCAUGUGUUCAGUGGGAACCAGGGAGCCAGUGUCCUGGACGUUGCAUGGGCCGUGCCGUGAGGAUGCAGCAGCGUCACACAGCUUGUCAACACAACAGCUCUGACUCCAACUGUGAUGACAGGAGGAGACCCACCUUAAGAAGGAACUGCACAUCAGGGGCCUGUGAUGUGUGUUGGCUUGCAGGCCCCUGGAAGCCCUGUACAGCAGCCUGUGGCAGGGGCUUCCAGUCUCGGAAAGUCGACUGUAUCCACACCAGGAGUUGCAAACCUGUGGCCAAGAGACACUGUGUGCAGAAAAAGAAACCAGUUUCCUGGCGGCACUGUCUUGGGCCUUCCUGUGAUAGUACGUACACCUCUCAGACCCCUACAAACAAAGGUGCUGCCAGUCACGUCGAGAGCGAUAAGCCUUCGGAGGGGUCAUGAUGCUGCUGCGAAGAUAAAAGUAGAAUAUAAAAGCUCUUUUCCCCAUGUCCAUUCAAAAACAUGUAUUUCUUAAAAGUAGAUUCUAUGGAUCAAACAGAGGUUGAAGCAAAAACACCACUGUUCAGAUGUAAAGUGAAAUUUUCCCAUGGUAGUUUUAUAUUCCAAUUUUAUUUUUAAAUGAUGUAUUCAAGGAUGAACAAAAAUACCAUAGUAUGCAUGCCACUGCGCUUGGGAGCUCAUCAUGUCUGUCAAAUCAAGAAAUUGCCAACAUGAUGAGCACAUCAUCACGUGCUGCCUGUUUCCUGUGAUUUGUAGACUAGCACAGAGUGAUACAUUCUAAAAACUUGGGAAACACAGUGACUGAUGCCUUCCUCUUCUCUCGAGUUGUAGGUUUUCAACAGGUUUAUAAGGUAUUCACAUUUUGGAAGCUCUGGCCCGUAGUUGUUAAGAUGUUGGCAUUAAUGGCAUUUUCAAAGAUCUUUAAGUUUAGUCUGUGAAAAAGAGAACUUCCUUCUGUAUAGGCUGUCACACGGACUGACCCAAGGAUUCACAGAGGGAUGGCAUCUUGUCUUUGCUUUUAGAACACCCAGGGAAGAAAACACAGAGUAGAUACUACUAUCAUUUGUACAACUACAGAAAUCUAUGACCAAAUGAGGCAUCUUGGAAGUCAAAGAAGAGGGAACAUUAACCUUUUCUACUGAUUUUGAAUUAUAUUCAAAACUUUCUUUUAAGAACUGUGAAUGAAACUUUUUCUAAGCACCAUUCUAUUGCACACAAACAGAAAAACAAAGCCUUAUUAGACUUAAUUUAUGCAUAAAGUAGUGUUCCUGAGGAUUUUAUUUUGGAAAAUUUAUAUGACAGUAAUCCAAAUAAGAAACACAAUAGUUGAAAAUAAUUUUUAUAGUAAAUAAUUGCUUUGAGCUGAUUUUCCAGUAAAUCCAAAGUUAAUUAGGUUAGGCUAGAAGUUACUCUAAGGACCAGGGGUUGGAGUCAGGAUUUGCUUUAAGAUUUGGGGAAAAGGGUAAGGGGUGGUUUUAGUUUUAGGAUUAGAGCUAGAAUUGAGUUAGGUUGAGAAAGGAAGUUAAGGUUCAGGUUACAGUUGGCUUUAAGGGUUAGGACCAGGUUAGGUCAGGGUUGGACUGGGUUUAAAUUGGGGCCAGUGCUGGUGUUAGUGAUAGUGUCAGGAAGGAGGUUAGGUUUGGAGUAAACGUUGUUGCUGAAGUGGGUUCAGGCUAGCAUUAAAUUGUAAAUUCUGAAGCUGAUUUCGUUAUAGGGUCUUUUCCCUGUACACCAGCAGUUAUGACUUUAAAUGGCACAUAAGGCCAAAUAAGUGGUCAUACUUCUUUUAUCAGGGUCUCAGCUGCCUGUACACUUGCUGCCUGCAGCCUCUUGGCUACAAAGUUACCUGCAGCAGGUUGUGCUGGGCCUAGUCCCUGGUCAGUAAUAACUAAACAGUGAAUUUUGGCUUAGGAUAUGUCUGUGGAAAAACUUGUUGAGUUUUUCUACCAUAUCCUGAGCAUGCAGUUUCUUUUGUUCUAACUUCAGCCUCACUGACACUGGGAUGAGCACUACUGUAUGUGGAGGGUUUGGUGACUGGGAAUAGAUGGGGGAAAGUGAGGAGGACACACCAGCCCAUGAGUUGUUAAUCAUCAAUCACAUCUGAUGUUGAAGGUUAUUAAAUUAAAAGAAAGUUCAUUUGUAACAUACUCUUUGUAUAUAUUUAUUAUAUGAAAGGUGCAAUAUUUUAUUUUGUACAGUAUGUAAUAAAGACAUGGGACAUAUAUUUUUCUUAUUAACAAAAUUUCUUAUUAAAUUGCUUCACUUUGUAUUUAAAGUUAAAAGUUACUAUGUUUCAUUUGCUAUUUUACUUUCAUUGUUGUCAUUCAAAUGGCAUUCCUGUGUACUGUAUUUUACUACUGUUUUUAUAACAGAGUUAAUGGUCCUCUUUCAUGAUCCCUAUGUAAUUCAAAAAUAAAUUUACCUUGAUUA